GUGGCACAGGAACUGAGUGGCUUCAGUGGGAUGUCAGGUGACGACCAACCAGCGAUGAUCUUCCCAGCGGUGAUUCCAGAGGACGACCAAUCCACAAUGGCCUUUCCGCCCAUGACGCCAGAGCUGAGGGAAAUGGCAAAGAAGCUGAUGCUCAAAUGCUCUAAAAUGGGACACGAGCCACCACCUCUGCAAGAUCCACCAUUCAACAGCUUCAUGGAUGAAGACGAAGAAGAAGGAGAGAUGGUGCCGCGCAAGCCUUUCUCUCUUUUCUCCUCGCUGCUCUCCUCCCUCAAUCUUCCUCCUCCUGAUCUCUCGUUCUCACGCUCAGCAGACCUGAACAGCACCUCAAGCAACAUGACUGCCAUGGAGGCUGACUGGAAUGUGACAGAGGAGCUGUGGAACGUCACCACCCUGCCUGACAUGAUUGACAACGUGAAGAACUCCACAGCCACCCCUCAGUGCUUCAUGCAUGCGUUCAUCUCCCCGGUGGCCUGGUUUGCUGUAAUGCACGGUGGGCUGCGCCAGAGGCCUGAGGUGCUGGCCAAGCUACUCUGGGCCUCCAGGCCCCUCGUGGAGAACAUGCCCCCCUACGACAUCCCUCUGCCCCCACGCCUAGACCGGGACCGCCUCAUUGAGAUAAUGCGGAUGUACAGGGACGUGUUUGGCUCCCUGUCUGAGGACCAGAGGUCUCAGAUCCGAGACUGGGUGAAGCGCAUCGUGCUGGAGAACAACUUCAACUGCACAUCCAAAGGCCCCAUGCGGCCCCUCAAAAUCAAGCCUGCAGCAGAGAUGAUUGAGUUCAGGCCUGGCCAGAGUCCACCCAAACCUUUCAGCCCCAAACUCUCUAUGAAGCCAGAUAUCGUCACACUUCGGCCUUGUCCCCCAAAGCAGCGCUGGCUGACCAUGCGGGUGCUAAGGAUCAUGGGACGCUUCCUGUCCCGCCUCCCUCCACAGGAAGUCAGGGACAUCUCUAAGGAAGAGCUGUGUGAGUUCAUCCGUAGUCCCGAGUUCCCCGCGUCCUUCCGGCAGGUGGGCCGGAUCCGGGCCGCACUGGGCCGCACCCUGCUGGGCCGCAUCAGGAGAGAGUGCUCCUUCACCACACAGGACCUCCUGGAGCACACCACAAGCAUGGGCUCCUUGGCGUGUUUCUACGAUGGUAAGGUCUCUUCUCUAAAUGAGAGCCUGACCAAGCAGCUACUGGCCCAGCUGGACGACUGCCAGAACUCAGCAAGCACUAAGCUAAAACAGAGGUUGGUGCGUAAGCUUUUCUCCUCCUCCUUCUCCUCCUCCUCCUCCUCCUCUUCCUCUUCCUCUGCCUUGCUGGAGUCUCUGGGCUCGGGUGUGUCGGUGCUGUCUCCCUCCAAGCUGAUGCGCUUCUCAGCCCGGGACCUCAGCAAGACCCUGCCCAGCCUCAGGAGAGCCCGCUGGACCGCAGCUCAGGCCGCCACGCUGGCCAAGGCCCUGAUCGACAAGACACAGAACAUCUCCGGUGACUACCUGUUGUCGUUAGGCACGGUUGCUAGGGGCGUGGCCAGCUCUAUGCUGAAAAAUGUCCGGGGGAGGGACUUGCUGAAGGGGGAGGGGCAAGAGAAACUGGAGGCCGUGAGUCGCAAGAUGUCCGCCCUGCAGAGAAAAGCGCUUUUACAGGGGAUGCGUGGUGACGUGGAUGUGUCGGAGCUUGUUCUGAAGGUACCGGGGCCUCUGCUGUCCAGUCUGUCCCUCAGCACCCUCCGACAAGCCCGGCUCACCUCUGUGGAGCAACUGGAGGGACGCAACUGGACACGUGCACAGUCUGCCUUCCUGCUUAAGAAGAUCUUGGGAAAGAAACUGAAGCCCCAACAUUUAAGGAAGCUGGGCAGGGCUGUUCAGGGCGUGACAUGUGAGAUGAUUGACAGUCUGAGCUCCAAUGAGAUCAUGGAGAGCGUUGCCACCCUCUCCAAUUCUUCUACUUGGCUGGCCAAGGCCCAGACCUGCUGUGCUGCACGUAAGCUCUUUGCCUCUCUGGAGCAGGAGAGGAGUGACUAUUUCAGGAACAUCACCAGUGAUGAGUUGAAGAACAUCCCAACAGUCAUGCUCAUAUACCUUCCUCCUGGGAAGAUCAGAUCUCUGCCAGCCUCGGUGUGUAGUGACUUCCUGGACAAGAUGAAGAUGGCCGAUCUCUCCUCACUGCCACACAGCUCUCCCUCUCGCACCGCACUCGCCCUCAGAGCCCUCGACUGCCUGGGUAAGAACAUGUCUGAGCUGUCCACGGAGGAGGUGAAGUGCCUGGGGCCCCUCCUGUGUGAGCUGAGGCCCUCCAGGCUGCGGGCGCUGUGGCCUGAGGUCCUCAACGACACCCUGCUGGAGAUGGCAUCCUCCUGCUCCUACAUACCCCGCCCCCACAGGGAGGAGCUCUUUUUGCUGGUCAAGGACACGUUUGGAGACCCGUCCAGCUGGUCGGAGGAGGACAUGGAGCUCCUCAAGCCGUUCCUCCUGCUGGACAACUCCACUCUCAGGACACUACCAGAUAAGCCCGGGCUGAGGUCGGCCCUCUCUGAUUUGAUGGACAGGCUGUCUGACCAAUCGUCUGCUGCGGUUCCGGAGGAGUUCCGCUCCGUGCCUGACCUGUCCACACUGCGCUGGAAGCUCUUCGUCCUUGCCAGCCGAGAGCAGAGCCAGCAGGACAACAACAGCAGGAGGAGGAGGAGAGAGGCUGUGGUGGGUGAGGCUACAGUGGAGCUGAUAGAGCAGCUGGGGGAUGAUAAUGUGUUCUGGAGUCCGUCUCAAUUGGCCGACAUGUCCUGCGCCACCUUCAACGAGUCCGCUUCCAGACUGGGGGAGAUAUGUGGCUACACCACUGAACAACUCACUGCACUCAAACAGAAAACUAUACAGUGCUGGGGUGCGGUGUCGGAGCUGAGCGAGUCUCAGGUGGUGGAGUUGGGGUGUGUGUCUCAGGGCUUCAGCGCUGCGGAGCUGCUCCUGCUCAACAUCACCUCUCUGGACACACUACAGCUGCUGUCCUCAUGCAUGUGGACACAGACACAGAUGGCGGCGAUGUGGCAGGGCUUUGCUAAGCGCACCGGCACCUCAGCCGCCCAGCUGAGCGACCUGGAGGUGGUGGGACUGGGCAAGUUCGUUUGUGGCCUGGAGAAAGACGAGGUGGAGAAGCUCGACAAUGACUGCUUUAGGGAGGCAGCAGAGUCGGUGGGCAGUGCCCCGUGUCAGAUGGCUCAGCUGGAGUGCUUUAAGAAGAAGGCAGCGGCUACGUUUGGUGGACCGCAGGACUGGAGCGAGGGGGAGGUGAUGGCUCUGGGGAACAUCAUGGCCGGCCUGGAUGCAGCUGAGCUUCAGAGUCUCAAUUCGUCCGUUUUCUCAUUCAUCACAUCGUCUGCCAUCCCUCUCAUCCCUCCCAAGAACCUGGCUGCACUCUCUGUCAGCCAGCUGCAGGCCCUGGGUCCUGACAACGCUGCCAUGGUAACGGAGGCCCAGAAGGCGGAGCUGGGGGAGGAGCAAAUGAAGGCUCUGGCUGAGACAAUGGGCGUGGUCUAUGCCCGCUCUGAGCCCAGCUCGGGCGGCUCCCAGACUGGCAGCAGCAGUGGCCAGGAUGGAUCCGCUCUGCCCCAGGCAGGAGGAGCCCCCAGGAGCACUAUGAUGAGCCUGGUGGUCAUGCUGCAGCCUGUCCUGAUGCUGCUGCUGAGCUACAUGUGCUAGUGUGGACACCAGAG